AUGACUCUGAACCACCAAGCUGCGUUGGUCAAGGUUCUGAAUUGCACGUACGAGUGGGACUUGGAAUUCUUCACACGCCGUGUGGGCCUUUGCUACAAGACGGCGGUUGUGGAUAUCUGGCUCAGCCGCAUGAGGUCGAGGGUUGAUGACAACGUAGUUGCUUCGUUAAUUGACAUACACACUCGCGCACCCGAUGGUGUAGACUUAAUUUCGCCUCACCUACUCGCGCAACUACCAAGCAACCAUCCGUAUUUUACUAGCCUAUACCGAUAUGUCGAACAAGGUGUACUACGCACUUUGCACCGGAUGAAAUUGCAAGAUCUAAGACACCGUGAACAAUCCGUUCUAUUCUCUGGCUCAUUCAUUCACAACAAUGAGACGUACUCCGACAGAAUUGUCCAUUUAAUGAUGAUUCCCCGUCUGCCGAUAACGACUUCAGAUUCCGGACUUCCAGUCGCACCGACCUCAUCAGAAACAAGUACCACUCUGGUCAUGAAUCUCAUUGACAGAAUCAAUUGUAUACUGCACGAUGCUACCCCUCGCCAUGCCGCUGAUCACGUUGUCAAUGACCACACGAUGACUGACCACGCUGGCAAUAAUGCUGCCCACUUUGGCACUCCAACGGCUAACAGUGUGAGUCGUUCUGGGGGAACUCCAUCGCUGGAAGGCCGUUCACGGGCCGAGUCUGAUGACAUCUUCUGUCUUUUGCAUCUGGUGUGUAACUUGACCAAUUACAUAUGCUGGCUUCGCGUACACGAUCUGGCUCGGCACGACGCAGCUCUCAAGCUGGUCGCGCAGAAGUUCCCCAACCCGUUUGACAGUUCUCGAGUAAGCAGUGCAGCGGAGGUGUAUGAGAUAGAGCUGCUCACUGUCGCCAAGGGACUGCUGCUAUUACUGACAUAUGCUCCCACCCAUAUAGUCUACCCACUUGCGCCAAAGGAUCAAGGGUGGUCCUUGGCCGAACAAGCAUUUCGGUUGGCCGUAGGUUCUCAUCCUGUGCUGGACAGGAGAUGUGUGACCUUCAAUUCAGAUGACUCUGCGGUUCUCUACAAGAGCACGAUGCUACUUGCACAUGGUUCCCUCCGGGUCGGUCGGUUGCCUGAGUUUGGGUCCCAUCAACUUGCGACGGAGCAAUGUAAGUCGCGCCAACUUGCGACCCAUCGAAAAGAGUUCUCUAAAUCGGGGACGCACUCUCUGAGCCGCUCCCGGACCCCCUCGGACGCAGAGUCGCUUUUCACGGACGAGGCCUCGUCGUCUGACGAGGAGCUCGACCUCCGGCGCGUCGUCUCACUGGCGGUGCACGCCCUCACCAAUCAGCUGGAGCUGAAGGCCCGACAACGAGAUCGAGUAAGACCUGAUGAAGUGCCCCUGUCCGUUUUACAGACCCUUGGUGAUGCUGCAUCCAUUCCGUUUCAUCUCGAUGUCAUGUUACAGAGUCAGAUCACGCUACAACCCGGAUUGCCAUCAGGGUUACAACCAGGAUCCCCACCGGGGCUACACCCUAAAUCCGAGACAACAGGUGACUCCUUUUCCGCUGUUCAGCAGCCGCUUACUCAACCCGCUCCGCUGCACACGCGUGCUACCGUACCGGUAACCAUACAAACGCAAGCUAUUGCACACACGUGUGCCACGGUCGCAUGGUCCAGUCCGGCAGCUGCGAGAGAAGUGCUGCCCGCCGCUACAGAAGCACACACAUAUACAAAGACAAUAUACUGCACAACAAAUUCGAGGACCGACGGUUUAGUUAGAAAUACGUUCAAGAGAGUGCGCGAGCAGGAAUCGUUUGUGAAUGACCUAUUUGCUGUGGACGAGAAUUGUGAUAUCGCUUCUGGAACGACGCAGCCAGUGGCUAUUCUUGGUUCCGAUAAUGAGGAACUUACAGAUCUCCAUUCCGGCCUACCGAACGACGAUCUAGAGGAACCCAGCUUAUUUAACCGAGGCAGUGAGGGUGACGAAAACAAGCAUGCGGCAGCAGCAAUUCAAAGCAAUGUAACACCUAUACCACUUCCUCGACGGGGUUGGAUAGACGCAGGAGAGCCCUUUCAUGGGACAUCAUCUGCUGUCAAGGACCCCUCCGUCAAAAGCCACUCCGUUCCAAGAAAAGCAACCACCGCUGCGUCGACUAUUGAUAGAGUGGACGCUGGUGCAACAACCACCACCGCGACGACCAGCGAUACAGAUGCACAAGUUUUGACAGCGGUUGGAGACGCUUCUUCCGCAAGCAGCACUUUCCCUGUCAUCUCACACGUCCAGCUCAAAGCUGGCAAGAAACAAAGAUCGAGCCGUUCAGUAGAACGGAGGGGGCUGGAUGUGUGGGUGGAGAAGCGUCUCAUUAAACCUUCCGUGCCGUCCGAACACCAUGGGUGGUGUUCGAAGAAGCCGAGGACCGAGUAA